AAAAAGAACUCUAAUCAUAUCAAUAAGGAAUUGCGAAGUCAAAUCGAUGCAUACAUGACACAUAUUGAUCAAGCAGUUUCGUUAUCAAUUAAUAGUUGGGUAACCAUAAAAAACCUAAACUUACUAAUUGAAAUACUCAAGACACAAAACGAUACCAUCUCUGCUCAACUGAAGGAUCUACAAGAGCAGGUCGAGGAACAAAAUAAUACAAUAGAUAACAAAGAUAUGCAAAUUGUUAAAUUAAAAUCUCAGUUAGAGGAAAUUAAAAAAAUCAAAAAGUUAGAAGAGAAUCCACCAUCUAGUUGCAUCCCUUUUGGCAGUUCAGCGGGUGUACAUCGAAUCAAAACUCUGGGCAACGAUUCCUUUGAUGUGCUCUGCGAUAGUCAGACAGCUGGAGAUGGUUGGACGGUGAUUCAACAACGUCUGGAUGGCAAGGAGAACUUCACCAGAAAUUGGGAUGCAUAUAGAAAUGGAUUUGGCUCCUUUGACGGUGACUUUUUCCUUGGCUUGGAAAAGAUUCACCACUUGACCAGCGAACGACGUCACAUACUUCACAUUCAUAUGGAAGACUUUAAUGGAACUAUCCAUUUCGUUCAAUACGAUCACUUUAAUGUCUCCAGUGUCGACGAACUUUACGAGUUGAAUCGUUUGGGACAAUUUUCCGGGAAUACAACAUACAAUACUCUACGAAUGCAUAUAAAUCAGAAAUUUACGACUUACGAUCGUGAUAAUGACAUUUCGGGUAGUUAUAAUUGUGCGGAUCAUAAUGGAGGCUGGUGGUACACGAGUUGUGUUCAUGCGUAA